AAACAGACUGAGCUGUGUCUGGAGGUACUGAGUCACACACACACACACACACACACACAGUCACAUUAUACCUUCUUCAGUAGUCUCAUCAUGGACGUCUGUUUGGUCUGCAGCACGUUGAGUCUGCUGUUAUCUGCGAUCGGAGGCCUCGGCUCUGGAGACGACGGCUGGUCCAUGAACGUGCAGCCGGAGGUACGAGCCAUCGAGGGUUACCCCGUGGUGCUGCCCUGCACCUUCAGCCACCCGCAGCACUCCCAGCAUUCCUCUCUGCAGGUGUUGUGGCGUCUGGGCCACGGUCAGGGCGCCUCCGUCCUGUACCGCUGCAACAGCCGGCCCGGGACCCCCACCUGCGAGCCGGGGCCCCAGCAGGACCAGCGCUACAGGCUCGAGGGCAACCCAAGGGAGCACGACCUGUCGCUGCGCAUCAACGGCGCCACCCUGCAGGACAGCGGGCGCUACUACUGCAGGGUGGAGGUGCAGGGACGAGAACACAUCAGCUUCGAGGACAAGAUGGGAACCAGACUGAGAGUGGAGGCUCCUCCAAAGAUCCUGGCUCUGUCAGUGGAGGGCAGCGAGCAGUCUGGCUACAGAGCUCUGUGCCGGGUGCAGGGCUCCCCGCUGCCGGACGUCCAGUGGCUCGGCCCCGACGACCUGCUGGAGGGUUCACCGGUCGGCCCGCUGGCUCAGGGCACGCCGGCUCACUACCACACCGUCAGCCAGCUGAGGGACGUGGAGCCGGGCCAGCAGUACACCUGCAGCGCCUCCAACCCGCUGGGCAAAGAGCAGGCCACCCUGUACGUCCUGCACCCCCGACCCCCGCUGUCUGUGGCCGGGGCGUCGCCUCCCCUCCUGCUCCUCCUGUCGGUGUCUGUGGGGGCAAAGGUCAUCCUGCUGGUGGGGGUGGGGGUGUGGAUGGUGCAGGGAGGAGCUCUGCAGGGAGUCAGCUGCUGGUGGAAGUAAUUUCAUAUAAAACAACACUGCUCUCCUCUGCAGCUGUAAUCAGAUCAGUGUUUAUGAUCCUGUGUAAACUGCUGUAAACACAGAAUGAACAACACAGUAAAACACAAUGAUAUAAAAUACGUUUCUAACUUCAUUUCACCUCCAAAGUCCCUGAACAGAGAAGCUCAGUGUUGGUGACAGAAGCACAGAGCUGCAGACCAGGUAAUGACUGUGUCUCUGACUCACCUGAGUUUGUCUUUAUCUGCAGCAGCCACAGCUCUGUGGGCUCUUUCAGCCCUGUGUUUCACCUACCUUUUACCUUGUUCUGGCUCCAUGCAGACAGAAAGGCCCUGAAACACGACUGGCACCUUAACUGAGCGUUUCUAGUGUCAAAAUAAAGCUACGUCUGAAUUUACAGUUGACUGGAUGCGCUGAGCAGCGCCGGAGAAACACAGGUUUAAACCGUGAAACCACUCUCUUGAAUUAUCGGGUGUGUUGAACAACUGACACUGAAGGAAUCCUCACCUACUAGCAGGCUAAGCUAACGUUAACGGCGGCUCAGCUAACGGUCCUCCAAGCUGCUUCUGACGUCAUUUGUGUGCCGAACAGCGCCGGAGGAAACACGAGUUUAAAUCGUUAAACAACUCUAUUCUGUCUUUUAACUGAUUUAAAUUAUUGGGCGCCUUGGUAAAAAAGUUACUGAACGACUGACAACGAAGGAAUCCCAACCUAACAAGUUGACCGCCUACUAACAAGCUAAGCUAACGUUGAUGUAGCUGCAGCUAAAGGUCCUCCCACCGGCUUAUGACGUCAUGGGUGCGCCGAACAGCGCCGGAGAAACACGGGUUUACAACUCGAACAACUCGAUUCUUUCUCUGUUUUUACCCGAUUUAAU